AUGCUCGUCCCCUCCUUCGCCGCUGCCGCUCUUACAGCGCUUGCUUCGUUCGCCUCCGCUUCGCCCGUCAACUCGGCUGGCAACGGCGCACCCGCUCAGACCACUGCCAACCUCACGAGCCAGUUCCAGCCCAUCAUCGCUCCGGUUACGCCCCCCGAGUUCAAGUGGCUCUACACGGCCAUCGUCAAGUGUCCGGCCGACCUUCUUCGUGGCGACGUCGGUCCUUACGGUCAGCGCAAGGCUAUACCCAUUGUUGGAGGAUACCUCGAGGGACCAGGCAUCAACGGCACCUUCCGUAACCUCGGCGCCGACUGGGGCGUCGUCGACCCGCGUUCAGGCAUCUUCACCGCCGACACGCGCUACAAUGCCGUCCUGAGUGACGGCAGCGACCUCUACUUCAAUACCUUCGGCCCGAAGACGCAGGACGGCUCGCUCCACCUGCACAUUAAGAUCGAAACAGGCUCAGCUGCAUACUAUCACUUAAAUCACGUUGUCGCCGUCGGUGUCCUCCACAACCUCGGCCACGACGACCUCAACGUCUCGACGCUCCGCAUCGACGCCUUCGACUUUAAGACGGACUACACCAACCUGACGCUGCUUCCUGAGUGA